AUGGCCCAAAGUAAUAAACAAGCACUUAACGUUAAGGAUGCGCUUUCAUACCUUGAUCUCGUUAAAAUGCAAUUCUCAGAACAGCCUGAGGUCUAUAAUCGUUUUCUCGACAUCAUGAAAGACUUCAAAAGCCAGGCUAUUGACACACCUGGAGUUAUAGAGCGAGUCUCUACCCUAUUCAAGGGACACCCAGCGCUAAUUCAGGGUUUCAAUACCUUUUUACCACCUGGGUAUCAUAUCGAAUGUUCACACGACCCUGAUUCGAUCCGUGUUACUACGCCAAACGGGACAACAACAACACCAAUAGGGCCUAUGGAGACACAUCACGGACAGUUAUCAAAUAUCACUGGUACUGCAUAUUAUCCAAAUUCUGUAUAUCCACAUCCGCCUCCACCCUCGUUGAUGCCAGCUUUAACACAUCCUCAAAAUUCUUCGUCGCAAAUGCAAGUCCCAUAUCAUAUGAGUUCAUCGGUGGCUCAGCAAGCUAUUGCGCAGGCAGUACAGUCAGUGGGCGUCGGCGUUGCAGGCAGCACUUCACCUCAGCAACAGGGAAAGAAAGCACCCGUCGAGUUUAAUCAUGCAAUUAAUUAUGUAAACAAAAUAAAAAAUCGUUUUUCGACUGAGCCGGAUACAUAUAAACAGUUUUUGGAGAUUUUACAAACUUAUCAGAAGGAACAAAAACCAAUUCAGGAGGUUUACUCGCAAGUUCAGGUACUUUUUAAGAGUGCGCCUGAUCUUUUGGACGAAUUUAAACAAUUCCUUCCAGAUACUUCUGGUAGCGUUGCUCCCGGUGGACCGUAUCCUCCACAAACUCAUGGUACACCGAAACAAUCUCACUUAUUACCUGCAAUUUCUGCACUUACAAAUAGUAGUUCUGGUCCAAGAUUACCUCCAGUCGGUAAUUUUCAACCACAAUCAUCCUCAUCUGUGCCAGUGAUUAAUGAUUCAUAUAAAAAGAAUUCAUCAGGACUUGGAUCAACUGGUUUAUUAUCCGCGGCCGGUGCAAAUGCUGUAGGUUCAUCGGGCGUCAACAAGAAAAAGAGGAAUGUUCUCCCAAAUUCAGAACGGAGUCCAAAUCACAUCUCUAAUAAGCAGUCUAAGAAGUCAAAACUUUCCCACAAAGUAUCUGGCGAACAAGCUCACUCGAGCUCGUCAUCAAUGGGUUUAAAAGCUGAUUCAAUUAAAACUUUAGAACCUCAGCCGCUCGCAUCCACCGAAGAAUUGGAAUUUUUUGAAAAGGUCAAGAGGCAUAUUUCGAGUAAACAAAGCUAUAAUGAAUUCCUCAAACUGCUGAAUCUUUAUAGUCAGCAGAUUUUGGACGGCAAGGAUUUGCUCAAAUUAAUAGCACCGUUUUUAGGUGGAUCUAAUUCCGAGUUAUACGCAUGGCUAAAACAAUUCCUAAAGCUUAAUGAAAGAGAUGAAAUAGUGCAGAAUAAAGCAAAUUCUAGGCCACGUGUCGACCUAGAAGGAUGUAUUUCACACGGACCUAGUUAUCGAAAGUUACCCGAUUCGGAGGCUAGCUUGUCAUGUUCUGGCAGAGACGAAUUAUGCUAUGAAGUACUUAACGAUAAAUGGGUAUCUCACCCUACGUGGGCUAGUGAAGAUGCAGGGUUCGUUUCACAUAAGAAAAAUCAAUUCGAAGAGGCAUUACACAAAUGUGAAGAGGAGAGAUACGAAUACGAUAUGUUCAUCGAAGCGGUUUUACACACAAUUCACUUAUUAGAACCGAUCGAGAAGAAGAUUAAUACUAAAUUGACACCAGAGGAAAGGAGUAAAUUUAAACUCGAGCCCGGCUUAGGUGGAAAAUCGAUGAUAUACCAGCGCGUCAUAAAGAAACUCUAUGAUAUCGAAAAGGGACUUGAAGUAAUCGAUGCCUUGCAUAAUAACCCGGGUACUGCUGUUUCGGUUGUGCUAAAAAGGCUCAGGCAGAAAGAUGAAGAGUGGAAGCGGGCAAGAAGAGAAUGGAAUAAGAUAUGGCGCGAAAUUGACGCCAAAAAUUAUUACAAAUCCCUUGACCAUCAAGGAAUUACAUUCAAAAAUGACGAUAAAAAAGCUUUAACUCCCAAACAUUUAGUUGCAGAAAUCGAAAAUCUUCGUCGUGAACCAACAGACGACGGAGAACCGGCUGAAUAUCAAUUCAAAUUCUUCUUUAAAGAUUUGGACGUAUUUAAGGAUGUUGCUCGGAUUCUCUUCGGGUACAUGGAUCGCUCGGGUGCCGUAGCUCCAAGCGAUCGAGAAAAGAUAGAAAAGUUUUUUAAAACGUUUGUUCCUAGCUUCUUCGAACUCCCUGUAUCAAUUUUUGAAGGCUUAAAUCAUGAUGAGUCUGCAAUGUCGGUAGAUCACGAGGAAACAACGACCAACAUGUCGAUCGAUAAUACUGAGGGUGAACCGUUAUCCACAGAACCGAUAAGUGGAAUGUGGAUUCAGGUAUCUAAGGAAUCUCGUGAAAACAUAAGAGCUGUGGUUGCCAAUGCGGGAAACGAUAAGCAAGAACGGAGAUCUACUUGCUAUUUCUUUGGAAACAAUUCUUUUUAUUGCUUCUUCAGAUUCUUACAGAUGUUGUUUAGUCGCCUCGAAUCAAUGAAAGAGGCUGCCUCGGAAAUUUCUUCUUCAACAUCUCUGAUAAGAAAGCAAAAUGUUGUGGCAACUGACUUGGGCCUCUUGCCUGAUCGCAUUGACAUCGACGUUGAUAUCGAUCUUACUCGAGGAGAUCCAUACUCAGUGAUGCUUGAACUAAUCGAGAAGCAAUUUGAUGGAGACCUGGAAUUGCCAAUGUUUGAGGAAUGCCUCCGUUACAUUUAUGGAACAAAGGCAUAUAUAAUGUUUACCGUGGAUAAACUCGUGCAAAACAUGACUAAACAGAUGCAAUUAUUAGUUUCGGACGCAAAAUCCAAUUCUCUGAUCAAUCUAUUUGAAAACAAUAAAAAACAACACGAUCAAUCAAGCGUUCGUUCCAACAUAAUGUAUCAAUUACAUGCAAAUAAUACGAUUGGCUAUGACGAGCCAACUUAUCGAAUGGAUUAUGAUAAAGAAGAACAAGCAAUGACAAUAUUGCUAUCUGGUCGAGAUUGCACAUUAGGAAGUGCUGUCACCUCCGAGGAAAAAUGGGCGUAUUACAUGUACAGCUACAUGUCAUUGAACCCUACAGAAGGAGUGUCAUCUAGAACGGAAAAACCAUUCCUCAAAAGAAAUCUGCCUUCCGUCGAUGUUUCAGAACAGAUUAUGUCUAAUGUUGUCACUCGUAAUGGCUUGGAAAUUAAAAUUUGCAUCAAUUCAUAUCACGUGUUUUUUGUAAACAACACGGAGGAUAGUUUUAGAAGAAUACACUCUGCCAUACCUGCGACGAAACUAAAGGAAGAUACUGAACAACGAAAGGAAAUUUGGAGACGUUGGUUGAACUCACGUCCUGGAGAUGAAAUGGAAAUUUGA